CUCACGGUUUUUAUCAAGCUUAAGAAAUUUGUACGCUACAUUAUGUCCGAACUUAGUACAUAUUUUAUGUUACAUUAAUUAGUUACACAGAUUUAUUUAUUCUUAGUCAGUAUUUACAGAAAUUUAUUUACCUUAGCUUUCCAAUUUUUGAAUUUAGAUAUCCCAAAAAUGUAUUAGUUUUUGUAAAUAUAAUUUAAAACAAAGUGAACUCGUUGUUACAAUGAUAUCUGAUUCGUGAAAAUGAAUUUAAAGUAUAUUUUAUUAUGUUGGAUGUUGAUGAUGAAUUGUUCCAGCCUAGAGUGCUUGGAAAAUUCGAAAGCUUUCAAUGAAUCCGCCGCCAUAAACACCAUCCAUACGGGCCAAAAUAAACGGACCAGUAAAUUUCUUUUUGAUACAAUUUUCCGUAUAAGUUCGGGAGUGUCAAAUGCUUUUGGACUUGAUACGGAAGACGACGUUGAAUAUCCAGAAAAUUCAAGUCUUAAAAACUGUGACUGCGAUUGUGGCUUUUCCAAUGAGGAAAUUCGAAUUGUUGGAGGAAAACCUACGGGUGUUAACCAAUACCCAUGGAUGGCCAGAAUAGUUUACGAUGGGAAAUUUCACUGUGGAGGAUCCUUGCUGACCAAGGACUAUGUUUUGACCGCAGCCCAUUGUGUAAAAAAACUAAGACGAUCAAAAAUAAGAAUCAUCUUCGGUGAUCACGACCAGGAAAUCACUUCGGAGUCGCAUGCUAUCCAACGAGCGGUGACAUCUGUGAUUAAACACAAGAGCUUUGACCCAGAUACCUACAACAACGACGUAGCCCUGCUCAGACUGAGAAAGCCUAUUGCGUUCUCAAAAAUUAUAAAGCCCAUCUGCUUACCACGCUACAACUACGAUCCAGCAGGUCGAAUUGGUACAGUAGUGGGCUGGGGACGAACAUCAGAAGGAGGAGAGCUGCCAUCCAUUGUCAACCAAGUCAAGGUUCCCAUCAUGUCCAUCACGGAAUGCCGAAAUCAAAAAUACAAAAGUACUCGAAUUACCUCAUCGAUGUUAUGCGCGGGAAGGCCAGCAAUGGACUCCUGCCAGGGCGAUAGUGGAGGACCGCUGUUGUUAUCUAAUGGAGUUAAGUAUUUUAUUGUUGGAAUUGUUUCCUGGGGAGUAGGUUGCGGCCGCGAAGGAUAUCCCGGUGUUUACACGCGGGUCAGCAAGUUCAUCCCAUGGAUUAAGUCUAAUCUCGAAAAUACAUGCCUGUGUUCUUAGUCAAGUUGUAUGCGAAUACACACAAAUAUUUAUUGCCUAGCUUAAGUCCACUUGUCUUUGUUAAAAUCCCAAUGAAAAUAAAAAAUGAUGUUUUAUUUAAA